AUUUUCUGCAAACUACCUUCCCUGCCUGGGCCUCAGUUUCCCUCUCCGCUGAGUCAGAAGAUCUCUAAGGCCCUCUCCAGUUCUACCCUGAAAGCUUGUCUUUGCGCCCCAACUCCCUCCCCAGUUCAGAGAACCCAGGCAUCCAGAUGCCCCACCCUAGCUCUGGGUAAACAGGAAGCUGGGUGAGGGGAGCAGGGGUGCUCGGAAAGUCCCAGCCAGGUGUGUGGGUCUAUGGGGAGGGGAUGGCGCCACCCCCUGGGUAUGAAAGCCCCCCUGUCCUGGCCCUGGCUCAGUCUCAAUGGGGGCACCGGGGCUGGAGGGCCGGGGUAGGAGGCCCCAGGGGAAGGGAUGCCUCCUGCUGGCCGUGGCAGGGGCCACUUCCCUGGUGACCCUCCUGCUGGCCGUGCCUAUCACGGUCCUGGCUGUGCUGGCCUUGGUGCCCCAGGAGCAGGGAGAACUGGUAACAGGGACCGCUGACCCAGGCACCCAGGCGGAGGCCCAGCAGCGAUUGGGUAAGAGCCGACCAUCUCCCUCUCUGGGAUUCCCAGCUCCCAUCCAUCUGCAUCCCCAGACACCCUCUCCCUCCAGGAAUCCAGGGGCCCCACCCUUGGGCCCUGGCGCCCUGUCCGCUGGGGGGGCCGCCCCGCCCCCAGUUGUGCACGCUUCACCCCCUUCCAGAGUCCAAGGAGACGCCAGAGGAGGAGGCAGAAACAGAUCUCAGCCCCAGGCUCCCAGCUGCCCACCUCAUUGGCGCUUGGAUCACGGGUCAGGGGCUAGGCUGGGAGGCGAAGAAAGAAGAGGCGUUUCUGAGGAGCGGGACGCAGUUCUCUGGCGCGGAGGGCCUGGCCCUCCCGCAGGACGGCCUCUACUACCUCUACUGUCACGUCGGCUACCGGGGCCGGGCACCUCCUCCCGGCGGGGACCCCCUGGACCGCUCGGUCACGCUGCUCAGCCGGCUGUACCGGGCGGGAGGCGCCUACGGACCGGGGACUCCCGAGCUGCUGCUGGAGGGCGCGGAGACUGUGACUCCGGUCUUGGACCCCAGUCGGAGGCACGAGUACGGGCCCCUCUGGUACACGAGCGUGGGGUUCGGUGGCCUGGUGCAGCUCCGGAGGGGCGAGAGGGUGUACGUUAAUAUCAGUCACCCCGAUAUGGUGGAUUACAGGAGAGGAAAGACCUUCUUCGGGGCGGUGAUGGUGGGCUGAGGACUGUCUGCGGCCCGAGAGGACCACUGCAUGGUGGGAUUGUGUCGAUGAAUCAGCCCAGACACGGGGUCCCAGACACCAGGCCAGACACCAUGGCCGUGGGGAAAAUGCAGGAGAUCGUGUGGAAACUGAUUUUGAGCCUGAUGAAAAUAAAGAAUGUAAAAGCUUUAAUGCUGCCCAUACAGA